AUGGCGGAUUACCUUUACAAGCAUACAAAAAUAAUACGUAUUGGAGGUAUUGAACCAGAAAAUGAUUAUCCUUAUGAUGCCAAAAAAGAGCAUUGUAAUUUAAAUCGUUCUGAUCUAGCUGCUUAUAUUAAUGGGUCUUUACAAUUAGAAAAAGAUGAAAUACAAAUGGCUAAAUGGCUUGUUAAAAAUGGGCCUAUAUCCGUCGGAGUAAAUGCUUUCCCUUUGCAAUUUUAUCGUCAUGGAAUUUCUCACCCUUUGCGUUUCCUUUGUUCCCCAAAAAUGUUAAAUCAUGGAGUUCUUAUUGUUGGCUUUGGCCAGGAAGGAAAUAAACCUUUUUGGAUAAUUAAAAAUAGUUGGGGCAGAAAUUGGGGUGAACAUGGAUAUUAUCGCCUUUACAGAGGCAGCAAUGUUUGUGGCAUUCAUGAAAUGGCUACAAGUGCUGUUGUUAAUUAA